GAUUGUGACUUACACCUCAGUCAUUUUACUUCUGUACGGAUCGAGGACCGACGGAUACUUAUUGGCAUGUACAACUGUGCCAUGAGAUGCUGCAUGGUCAUAGUGAUCCCAGUUUUGCUCGUCUGGGCCAGAUGGUCUUAGAGUAUGACCACCCUCUGAAGAAGCUGACAGAAGAGUUUGGGCCUCAUACAAAGGCGGUGAGUGGAGCCCUCCUGUCUUUGCACUUCCUCUUUGUCCGAAGGAACCAGGGGGCAGAGCAGUGGCGCAGCGCUCAGCUUCUAAGUCUCAUCAGCUCCCCCCCAGCCAUGAUUAACCCUGCUAAUUCAGACACAAUGGCCUGUGAGUAUCUGUCUGUGGAAGUGAUGGAGCGAUGGAUUAUAAUUGGGUUUCUUCUUUGUCACGGGUGCCUCAACUCCAAUAGCCAGUGCCAGAAGCUGUGGAAGCUGUGUCUGCAGGGCUCCCUAUACAUCACUCUCAUCCGAGAGGAUGUGCUACAGGUGCACAAAGUCACCGAGGACCUGUUUAGUAGUUUGAAAGGGUGAGAGACGUGAGAACCAAAUUGAUCUUCUGGGACAUUUAGCCUUUCCUAACGUUCUUCUUUGUUUUCUGUAAGUUUCCUGGAGUAUGGGUGGUAAAGGGUUAAUUCUAACUAUUAAAUAUUUAUCAAAUACCUAUUAUUUGCUAAGUGCUUCACUGGAUUUUAGGAAUGUAGUGAUUAAUUAGAUAGCAUAGAGGUUAAGAGCAUAAACUCUGAACUCAGACUUCCUGGGUUUGAAUUCAAGUUCUACCACUUACUAGCCAUGUGCCCUUGGGCAAGAACCUGGUGCAUCAUGAAUACUAUGUGCUUAUUAAAAAAAACCCCAAAACCAAAAAGAGUCUCAAGUGGCAUACACCUGAAAUCCCAGAGCUUGGGCAGGAUGAGUCAGGAGAAUUACAAGUUCAAAGCCAGC